AUGGAUGAGCUGAUGAAGCAACUUCACAAAGCAGUUUCCACUGAUAACGUCGACCGUAAUACGAUCGCAAAAGGCGUGGAAAUGAAUCCGUACCGACGAACGCUUCACGAAGUAUUACUCGAGAGGAAGGAUCUUCUACUUGUAGGCUCCAGAAUGAACAUGGUGGUUAUGUUCGAUACAGAGGAACCGUCGACGGAGAUUGAGGAAAUCCUAGCUCAAUUUCAAAAUCCGACGUUCCCGAUCGAAGAAGUGAAUACAGAAAAAGAUGAAGAGUGGCAACCAUUGGAGAAAAAAUAUUUGGAUGGUGUAAAUCAAAUCAAGGAGGAUAUGCUUUUAAAACAAGGACAAUUGGAAAAGGACAUGGAGCAAUCGUUGACCCACGGAGAGAAGGUGCUCAGAAGUCACCGCGAUUUUCGGCCAGUUGAUGAAAGAGACUACUGUAACAUCAGGCAAAGCAUCAGUCGACAUUUCGAUCAGGCCAAAGUCAGUCUUCGUGGAGAAGCAGCGACAAAGAUUCUGGUCCUCCGCAGGGAUAUCGAGCAACAAGGCCGGAAGAGACGCAAUUUCGACAAGAACACAACGGAUACUCUGCAGAACUGGUUCCACGAGCAUCGCCAAAACCCGUAUCCCACCGACCAGGAAAAAGCCGAAUUAGCAAAACAAUGUAAUAUCAAAAUUUCGCAGGUGAACAAUUGGUUUGGGAAUCAACGGAUCCGUUCGAAACAACAAGCUCUGAGAUGUGAGGAAGAAGAGAAGAAGCGACUCGCUGCGGUUGCUGCUGAGGAGGCAAGACAAAAAGAACUGGAAGAACAGAAUGCUGCUACAGAAGCAGCAAUUGCUGCAUCUACCAAUUUAGUGAAUCCGGGAAUUCUGAAUUUGCCAUUGGUGAAUCCUGCAAUGCAAGCAAUGAUGAUUCCUAGCGUUCAACCUACCGUAAUCAAUAAUUCGAGUGGUGAGCUAUUACUAACAGGGUUUCUUCAACAGCCAAACUAUUUCACAGUCGGAGAGCAAAUGCCAAUUACUGAUAAUGCAAAUGGACAGCAGUUCUACCCGACCGGAUUCGAGACCUUUGGACUUGUUCAGCAAACUGUCGAGCAGCAAGCGCUUCUUCAGCCGCCGGUAUCACAACCAACAUUUCCAGCGAUGAAUUAUUUGGGUUGA